GCUACAGUACCAGGUGCUGCUACAGCUGCUUGUUGCUAUCUGUUCCAGUGAUAAGGACUAAACCUGUUGCCAGCUGCCACUUUUCAGCAUGUGUCGAGGUUUAGCUGCACUUCCCUUCACUUGCUUUGAAAGAGCCAAAGAAUUCAAGACUCGCUUAAGGCUCCUGCUUCAUAAAACAGAGCUGGGAUAUGAGCUGAGCUCCAGCAAGCCUCUGUGGGGCACCAAUAUGAGAUACUCCUCAGAAGAAGUACUAGGAUGGAAACAAUCUUUUGACCAGCUGCUGAAGAGUAAAAAUGGGUUGUCUGCAUUCUACACCUUCCUGAAGACAGAGUUCAGUGAGGAGAACCUGGAGUUUUGGCUGGCUUGUGAAGACUACAAAAAGACCCGGUCAAAAUCUAAAUUGGCAUCCAAGGCGAACAGGAUCUUUGAAGAGUUUAUUCAAAAUGAAGCACCCAGAGAGGUAAAUAUUGACCAUGAAACCAGAGAGCUAACUCGGAAAAACUUGACAGGUGCUACCUCUGCUUGCUUUGAUGAAGCUCAGGCAAAAACCCGCACCUUAAUGGAGAAGGACUCCUACCCCCGGUUCCUGAAAUCCACCUCUUACAGGAAAAUGACUGAACAGGCCAGCAGCCAUGGCACCAGCAAGCAGUCACACACCUGAUUCAACUCACCCACACUGCCACAAAUGGUGUGUGAGGGAAGAUCCACAUGGUGGAAUGGAGGUACAGCAGAAGAGGCAGGAGCCUGAGAAACAGCCAGAUGGGCACAAAGAGCUUCUAGCAGUGGAGGUGUAGCUGAAGUCUUGGGAUUUUAUCCUUAUCAGGAUCCCCAGGACCUCCAUCACUUCCAUGUACCUCCAUGGUACAGGUCCUCUUCCACUGCUGCCAUGGGAGACUGUGAAAUGGAAACUGUUGGGGGAAAGAAAUGGGUGGACAGUUACUAAUAUGCAGACAAGUGCUCCAGUGACAGAAAUUGAAUGGAGGCAGGUGUUAAACAAGAGGCUUGCAUUAAAGACUGAGAAAGACAGAAAGGCUGGAUUUGAGUGGCAGGCUCCAGUGAAAAUAGGGCAGACUGAAUUCCCCUUGAAACUGUCCACCACCUAGUGCUGAAAUGUGUGCAUGUAUGAAUGUAUGUAUUAUUAUUUAUAUGCAUGAGUCAGAGCCUUAGGUUGCUCUCAGGACCCUGCCUCUGCCUUUAUGCAAACCACAAUUAACUGUACAUAGAACACAGGAGUUUGUAAUUUCUACAAAGUCAGGGCCAACAAGCCACUCUUGUCUGCAUGCUCUUUCACCAGCUGGAUUAUUCAUAAUGUAACGUCAUAAGGAUGCAAAGGCAACUUUGUAUCUUUUGCCAAAAGAAUCCUGCAACUUCCUUGUUCUGAUCAAGUGAGAUUUCAGGUUCUUUUCUGCUUUAUUCUGUGCAUGCACUAAGUUGAAGUUUUACAUCUCCUUCCAAUAGGACAUCUGCAAAACAUAGACAUUUCUUGCUUAUUAUAUCAAUGUGAACUCAUGUUUUUUGCCCUUAGAUUGCUAAGUACAAUCUUGGGUCACAUGCCCCAUUUUUUUUCCUACAAUUAUUGACAGAAGUUCACAGAUGUGCCUACCACAUUACAAAGCACAAUGAAUAAGCCAUUCCUUGGAGAAGUUCAUUACAAAUUAAACUGAACUUACUCUAGAUAACCAAGUAUUUAGAAAACAUAGUGAUGGGUGCUACAUAAAAACCCUAAGAAAGAGGGCAGUGGAUAAAUUAUAGAAUGCGUGAUAGGGAUGAUUCUACCUUGACAAGGCAGAGGGUUGAACCAGAUGACCUCCUGAGGUCCCUUCUUGUUUCAUGCACAGAUAUCUGUGCAAUAAUACAGGGACUCCAUUUGGACUGCAUUAACAUGUAUAUUAUUUUAAGUGCGCGCUGUAUGCAGUACCACUGCUUGCAAGGAUGAGGUGCACUGUGUGCUCCGAACUCUUGUGAAAUUCCCCAAGUACAUGGAGCUUUCUGGUGUCCCCAGGCAUAUGGAGCUUCCUCCAAAUCAUCUCCCCUACAACUCUUGUUCCAACCUGCAGAGAACCUGCAGGUAGUUGUACCUUUCCUUGUAAUAAGCCAAACAAAAACAAAUUAAAAAAAAAAAGAUAAAAAAAGACAUUUGUAUUGCUGAGCGUGUGAUAGUCUUUGAUUAUCUGGGGCCAGAGGUUGUCUGCACAUAGCUAACCCUCUAUGGGGAUAUGGCGUUUGCCAUCAGUCCAGUAUGCUACCUUCUAAGUCUCAUAGUCACUCAAAUAUGAUGGUCAUUAAACCAGUCUGCCAUUCCUUGUUUGGCAUGCUGCUCCAGGGAAAGAAUUUAGUUCUCUUCUGUUCUGGCCUUUCUGUCAGUGAUUGUCUUGCUGUUGGCUACCAUAUUCUUUGCUGCAUCUGCCCUCUGGCCAACUGAUGGUUGUGGCCCAGAGUCAUCUGUGUGCUGGUCUCUUGUCACUGCAUACAGAUUAUUUGAUAUUACUGCACUGAAACCAUUUAUGGUUUCUUCUCAACUGCUGACUUUCAUUGAUAAAUAUUUCAUAGGACCUUGGCCCAACAAUAACUUGGACAGUGGCCUUUUGCUAUUGUUUUGUGUAGCUCCUGGAGAGCUGAACCCAGAUGGUCUCCUCUAUAUAGAGAGGCCUGCAGUUUCUGAUUCCUCUAUUGUAAUAUGCUGCCCUGUCUUAACAUUUUCUUAGUAGCCUGUGUGUUGUCUUCUUUCCCUCCAUCCGCUUUCUGAGGCCUCACAUUGUAGCUGUAGGUGCUUUGCUGAGUAAUACCUCAAGACUGGUGCCUCACUUAUGAGUUUUCAUCUGGAUGGCAGCAAUUUGUAUCUUUAUUUUCAGUGCAAUUUACUCAGGGCUGCUGC